AACGUAUACACACAGGAGAGAAGCCUUACAUCUGCUCUGACUGUGGAAAAUGCUUCAAAACAUCAACUGUGCUAACAGUUCAUCAGAGAACAGACACAGGAGGGAAGCCUUAUUCCUGCUCUGAUUGUGUAAAUGCUUCACAACAUCAACGAAGCUAAAAGUUAACCUGGGAAAUGUUCACCAGAGAACACACACAGGAGAAAAGCCUUACUCCUGUUCUGACUGUGGAGUUAGUUUCUCUUGACUGGAUACCUUAAACACACACCAACAUAUACAUGAAGGAGAGAAGCCUUACUCCUGCUCUGUUUGUGUAAAAUGCUUGGGAGAGCAAACAGUGUGGCUCUGAAUGCUCCGAGAGCGAUGCGAACUGACAAUCUGACAACGCUCUGAAUUUACGAAAGCCCAAGCGCACUCUGGCACUCCAGAUUGAAUUUAGGACCACAUCCAUAAUUUAAAAAUAAAGUAUUUGUGUUUGGUGAGUCCACCAAAUCAGAUGCAGUAGGGAUGCUCAAAUUUAAAAAAGUACAGUAGGGAUGCGCAAAUUUUGAAAGUACAUUAUUUUCUUUAUGAAUGUAGUGGAGUAAAAGUGGAAGUUGUCAAAAAUAUCAAAAGUAAAGUACAGAUACCCCCAAAACUACUGAUGUAGCACUUAAAUAUUUGUACUUAAGUACUUUACACCACCAAUUGCAGGGAAUACUGACUGAAGAUGUUCCUCCCUACGAGGCCCAUGAGACUGUGUUGGGAUGUGAUUUGAAUAGGACUGUGACUGAACGAGUGGGAAGUUUUUAUUUAUCUAUAUUUGUAUUUUGUUUUGAUGUCGUUGUUCCCCCUCCCCUUUUCAACAUUGGACGUGUAUCUUUUUUCUACAGUUUACUAACCGUACAGUAGGUGGCGGCAGACACGUUAUAUUUGUGUAAAUGUCAGUAUACCAGAGAAGAAGAUGACGCUGCUGCACUGUCCAAGUGGGGAACAGGAAGUUCCGGGUCGAAACGACAGAACUGUGCUGUUGUGUCGAUAGUGGUUGUGUUCGUUUCAAAUGUAUCAUUGUAGGUAUGUAAUAGCAUGUUUAAACUUUCAAAUGUCGAAAGAAUAUAUAACAUGCUAGGUAACAAAUCCGUUUCACGUCUGGUAAUGGUUUUAGUUGUAUGUGUUAUUUGGAAGUCUAACCGAGUGAGUGAAGAACGUGAUUAAAAACGAUUUUACAAGUCACAUGUAGACUUUGGGUUUGUCUGGGUGUAUGUACAUAAUUUCGUCAAAGUAAUUUCAUAAAGAUUCCAUUUAUUGAAGUUCGUUUUUACAUGUUCUUGGUUUUGUGUAAAAUGUUUGAGCUGGUAAAUAGCCUCGUCCCGAACCAUCCUGUUCUCGCGAGUUUACAUACACUGUUUCGUUAAUGUAAGCUCGCGAGAUCUGGAUGAUUUGGACCAGGCAAGUCAAAUGGCGGCUUCAACGGUUUCUGUCGUCUUUCUAGGAGUUUGCUCGUGGUGAAAUGGCGACAUGAGGCUGUGUGAUGAAGUGUCAAAAUAGAGGGAAGCGAACUGAAGUUAUCCUUCACCAGUUGGAGAGAGGGGUCAACUGCAUGGAAUGGCGUCGAUUAAUGCGGAUGAAUCGGUUCACGUAUCAAACCCAUUCCAUGGAGGACCAAGUGCCUGCUAGUUUUCGCAAAAUAGAGGGAAGCUAACUGUUUUCGCUCCAUACUUGUACUUGAUACUUGUGUACUAAUAUUCAGACACAUUUAGUUGUUUCUAUAUUUAUCUAUAAUUCAGGGUUUUCAUACGGGGCUUCAAGUAAAUAAAUAUUAGUGCCUGAAAAAGUCCUUGAAUUUGACUUGGCCACUGUACGACCCCUUAAUAUGGUGUGAAUGGGAAAUACAUUUGGUUUUUGUGAGUGAAAUAAUAUAGAGAAGACAAGGUUAUUCAGGAAAAUAGUACAUAGUGCUGCCUGAAACAUACUGUGAUCUUGUACUAAAUUUUUUUUUGUCAUUUAUGCAUUUAUGUGAAUUUAGGAAAUCUAUAGAUUAAGUGCACUUAUGUUGUGCAAUUUAAAAUGUGUACUUUGUCUAACGUGAAUGAAUGUUUUAUCAAGGAUUAGCUACCUGAUCUACAGAAAUGAGAUAAUUGAACAUGAAAAAAUACAAAAGAUUUUUGCAGAAUAAAGUGCCAGAACUGUCAAGAAAAUAACUUUUGUGUCCGUUUGUCUUUAUUACUACAGACCGACUCAGAUUAAGUCUGAGGCUGUUAACGUCAACAGUGAGGACAAACACAGCCUGCCUCUCUCCUUCCACACUGAGUCCAAACCUACAGUCACUGGGUCCUGAUUGUGACAGUGGAGCCCAGUUUGCACUGCAGGAUCCAGAGAUGGCAUCAGUGAAGCUGGAAGACUGCGGUCAAACACUGGAGCUGAAUGUCAACAUUAAAGAUGAAGAAGAGGAGGAGGAGAUGAUUAGGACAACUGUUAGUCAUGGAUACCACGUUGAGACAUUCUCUACACCCAGAGACCAACAGCAGGAAGAUCAGAGAGCUAAGAGGUCUCAUCACUGCCCACAUUGUGAAGAGAUUUUCCCAUUUCUAUCAAAGCUAAAAAUACACCUAAAAAUACACACAGGGGAGAAGCCUUACUCCUGCUCUGACUGUGGAGCAAGUUUAUCUCAAAUGAGCAGCUUAAAAGCACACAAACAAGUACAUACUGGAGAGAAGCCUUACUCCUGCUCUGACUGUGGGGCAAGUUUCUCUCGACUGGAUACCUUAAAAACACACCAACGUAUCCAUACAGGAGAAAAGCCUUACUCCUGUUCUGACUGUGGGGAGAGAUUCUCUCAACUGAGCAGCUUAAAAGCACACAAACAAGUACAUACUGGAGAGAAGCCUUACUCCUGCUCUGACUGUGGGGCGAGUUUCUCUCGACUGGAUACCUUAAAAACACACCAACGUAUCCAUACAGGAGAAAAGCCUUACUCCUGUUCUGACUGUUUAAAAUGCUUCAAAACAUCAACGGUGCUAAAACUUCACCAGAGAACACACACAGGAGAGAAGCCUUUCAUCUGCUCUGACUGUGGGGUGAGUUUCUCUCGACGGGAUACCUUAAAAACACACCAACGUAUCCAUACAGGAGAAAAGCCUUACUACUGCCCUGACUGUGGGGAGAGAUUCUCUCAAAAGACCAACUUAAAAGCACACCAAUUAAUACAUACAGGAGAGAAGCCUUACUUCUGCUCUGAUUGUGGGAAGAGUUUCUCCCUAUCGGGUACCUUGAAAUCACAUGAACGUAUACAUACAGGAGAGAAGCCUUUCUCAUGCUCUGAAUGUGUAAAAUGCUUCAAAACAUCAACUGAGCUAAAAGUACAUCAGAGAACACACACAGGAGAGAAGCCUUACUUCUGCUCUGACUGUGGGAAGAGUUUCUCUCACCAGAGCAACUUAAAAACACACCAACGUAUACAUUAACUUCAGUGUAGCCUAGUGGUUAGAGAGUUGGACUAGGAACCGGAAGGUUGCAAGUUCAAAUCCCCGAGCUGACAAGGUACUAAUCUGUCGUUCUGCCCCUGAACAGGCAGUUAACCCACUGUUCCUAGGCCGUCAUUAAAAAUAAGAAUUUGUUCUUAACUGACUUGCCUGGUUAAAGGUAAAAUAAACAAUAAAAAAAAUAAAAAUGUGGGUACCUGGGAUGGUUGCGUCCCACCUGGUCAACAUCCGGUGAAAUUGCAGAGUGACCAAUUCAAAUUGAAUUACUAUAAAUAUUUACAUUUCAUGAAAUCACAAGUGUAAUACAUCAAAAUAAAGCUGAACUUGUUGUUAAUCUAGCCGCCAUGUCAGAUUUCAAAAAGGCUUUAAGGCGAAAGCAAACCAUGCGAUUAUCUGAGGACGGCGCUCAGCACACAAAACAUUACAUACAGUUACCAGCCAAGUAGACUAGUCACGAAAGUCAGAAAUAUGAUGAUCUUCAUAUGGUUGCACUCACAAGACUCCCAGUUACACAAUAAAUGUUCAUUUUGUUCGAUAAAGUCCCUCUUUAUAUCUUGAAACCUCCAUUUUGUUCUGUAAUCCAAUGGCUCAAAUGCGGUCACGAGGCAGACGAAAAUUCCAAAUAGUAUCCGUAAAGUUUGUAGAAACAUGUAAAACUAUGUUUAUAAUCAAUCCUCAGGUUGUUUUUAGCCUAAAUAAUCGAUAAUAUUUCAACUGGCAACAGCGUCGUCAAUAUAAAAGGAAAAACAAGAAAGGUGCGCUCUGCAGGACCCAGCUCUGGGGACAUCCCACUAUCCACUGACUCAAUGUGGUCAUUCUCCCUCAUUUUUCAGAAUACAAGCCUGAAACAAUGUCUAAUGACUGUUCACAUCUCGUGUUAGCCAUAGGGAACAGAAUCUGGGUCUUAUCCCUUUAAAUGGUGGAUAGGCUUUCAUUGGAAAAACAGCAAUUUCAAAAUAUUGGCACUUCCUGGAUGGAUUUUCCUCAUGUUUUUGCCUGCCUUUUCAGUUCUGUUAUACUCACAGACAAUAUUUUUUUCAGUUUUAGAAACUUUGGAGUGUUGUCUUUCCAAUUCUACUAAUUGUAUGCAUUUCCUUGCUUCUGGUCCUGAGUAGCAGGCAGUUUACUUUGGGAACGCUUUUAAUCCGGAGGUGAAAAUAGUGACCCCUACCCUAGUGAGGUUAAGGAGAAAAGCCUCAUCGGUUCUCUGACCAGCUAAGAAUAAAGUCACUCCAUCACUUAAUUCUCAUCUCAUAAAAGAAGUUGUAAUUGGAUCAAAUGAAGAAAGCGUAGAACAUUGUAAUCCUAUUGGUUCUCACUGUGAGAGAACUGUGCAGAGGAAAGGGAGCGUUAUAGAAUGUUAGCCUCUCUUUACUUUACCAAUCAGUGUGCACCUUGUCAGUUUUAGUGUGUUUUGUUGGCUUCUACUGUAAAGAUUUGCACUUGGUGUUGAAUACCCUCUGUUAUUCUUCUCAUUUUGAAAACAAACACUAGUCUGCUAAUUGACUGGGUGGUACUGCUUCCCUCUCAGCCUGGUCUGACUCUGUCUGUAGGGAGAGUUUCAACUGGGCAGCUUAAAAACACACCAACGUUUACACGUAGGAGAGAAGCCUUACUCCUGCUCUGUGGAAGGGUGGGCGUGUAACUCAAACGUCAUGCCAAAGGUUGAGUGUUUGAAUCUCAUCACGGAGGACUUUAGCAUUUUAGCUAAUUACCAACUUGGCAACUACUUACUACUUUUUAGUUAGUUUCUUAGCAUGUUAGCUACCCUUUCUCCUAAACCCAUUUAACUCUAUCUUAAACCCCUCACCCCUAACCAAGCUAACGUCAGCAACAACACAUUGGAAUUUGUAACAUAUCAUACAUAUUACAAGUUCGUAACAUGUUGUAUGAAUAGCAAUGCGUAAAAUAACAUACGAAUUGUAAUUCUUAACAUACGAUACGUCCUGCAUGUCGUAUUAUACUGAACAACAAUCUAAACGUAACAAUUUCAAAGAUUUACAGUUUGUAUAAGGAAAUCAGUCAAUUGAAAUAAAUGAGUCCCUAAUCUAUGUUAGGUUACAUUACAUUGGACCUCCAAUAUAAACUAAACAUGUAAAGUGUUGGUUUCAUGAGCUGAAAUAAAAAGAUCCAGCACAAAAAGCUAAUGUCUCUCAAAUGUUGUGCACAACUUUGUUUAUAUAUACUGUUAGUGAGCAUUUCAGCCUUUGUCAAGAUAAUCCAUCCACCUGACAGGUGUGGCAUAUCAAGAUGCUGAUAAAACAGCAUAGUCAUUACACAGGUGCACCUUGUGCUGGGCGACAAUAAAAGGCCACACAACAUAAUAUCACACUUGUCUCAAGUUUAGUGAAUGUGCAAUUCUCAUGAUGACUGCAGGAAUGUCCACCAGAGCUGUUGCCAGAGAACUCAAUAUUUAUAUCUCUACCAUUAGCCACCUCUAACGUCCUUUUAGAGAAUUUGGCAGGACAUUCAACCGGCCUCACAACUGCAGAUCACAUGUAACCACGGCAGCCCAGGACCUCUUCACCUGCAGGAUUGUCUGAGGUGGUGGGGAGGAGGGGCUGAGUAGUAUUUCUAUCUGUAAUCAAGACCUUUUGAGGGGAAAAACUCAUUCUGAUUGGCCGGGCCUGGCUCCCAAGUGGGCCUAUGCCCUCCCAAGUCCCACCCAUGGCUGAGCCCCUGCCCAGUCAUGUGAAAUCCAUACUAAAUGGAGUGGCACGGAUGUUUUUGUAAUAUAUAAUAUGUUUUGCUCUGAGACCAGGUUGUCCCUCUGCAGUAUUCUGUGGGAAGGAGCAAGUGUACACUUUUUUUAUUGAACCUCUAUUGAACUAGGCAAGUCAGUUAAGAACAAAUUCUUAUUUACAAUGAUGGCCUAGGAACAGUGGGUUAACUGCCUUGUUCAGAGGCCGAACAACAGAUUUUUACCUUGUCAGCUCGGGGAUUCGAUUUAGCAACCUUUUGGUUACUGACCCAAUGCUCUAACCACAAGGCUACCUUCCGCCCCUAACAUGUAUCAGAUAGAGAUGGUGUGAUGAUCACUUUUCACCACUAGUUUGGGUGGGAUUAGUUUACAACUUUAUUUAAUGAUACACAGUUUAUGAAAUGAAUACGUGUGUUUAUUAAUUGUCUUUGAAACUAGAUUCAUUAUUUUAGUUACUGAUCAUGAAUGUGUUUGGAUAACUGCAUUGAAGCAAAUUUUAUUGAUCUGCCAAUGAAAAAUAAAGUUACAUGAAUAUGUACUGGUCAACC